UCAUUCAAUAAUUUAUGAACAAUGCUAACUAAUAGUGAAAUCUUUAAAAAAUUGGAAGAGUUUAAAUCAGUUGUAUUUGAUUCAUUGGAAGAAGUUGGAGACCUCGACGGAACAUGUAAAUCUUUGAUACAAGAGUAUCUCACGGAAACGGAGUUAUUAAAUCCAAUGGCUAUCGUCAAAAUUCAAGCUAUUAUUGAUUAUAUGUAUGAACAAGUCAAUAUAGGAAAUUGGAAGGAGGUAAAACUAUAUCUUAGAAAAACAAUAACUAUAGCUUCUUAUUUAUUGUUACUAGCGAAAACAAAAUGUACGAAAGAAAUCACAGAGUGCUUGGUAAAAGAUAUGUAUAAAGUAAUUGAUUUUGGUAUAAUGUUUGGCUGUCCUGUAGAUGAGGAGCCUGAUUUGCUUCAAAAAUGUGCCAGUUACUUAAACUCGUUAGGUUUAUUGCCUCAUAGUACUACUGAAAUGUCCAAUCAAAGUGAAGAAAUAGUGAAUAUUGAUAGUAACAAAUACAAUGCCCAUGUUGUAGAAGCCAUUGAAUGUCCAAGCAUGGAACAUUUCUAUAAGAACUAUAUCGUGGCUGAAAAGCCGGUUGUAUUAAAAAAUUGUAUUAAUCACUGGCCAGCACUGACUAAAUGGAAGGAUCAAAAUUAUUUUAUUAAAUUAGCUGGACCACGAACUGUCUCCAUUGAAAUAGGACGUGACUACACAGAGGCAGAAUGGACACAAAAGCUGAUGACCAUAGAAGAGUUCAUAAAGAAUUUUAUAUUCCAAAGUAACGGUUCUACUGGAUACCUUGCUCAAUAUCAGCUAUUUGAGCAAAUCCCAGAAUUAAAGGAAGAUAUAAUCGAACCUGAAUAUUGUUGUUUCUCUGAAAAAGAUGAUCCAGUUGAUGUUAUGGCCUGGUAUGGUCCAAAAGGCACCAUAUCACCUCUACACCAUGACUCAAAAAAGAAUUUGCUUACCCAAGUUGUUGGUGAAAAACAGAUUUUCUUGUUUUCACCCCAAGAUUCAGAAUAUUUGUAUCCUCAUGAUCAUGAAUUGCUGCACAAUACAUCAAAAGUGGAUCCGAGACACCCUGAUUUAUUAAAGUAUCCAAAAUACAAAGAUGCCAAAGUGUAUUAUUGUGUUUUAAGUCCAGGUCAGAUGCUAUACAUCCCUCCUAAAUGGUGGCAUUUUGUGGAAUCAUUGUCAAUUAGUUUCUCUGUUAGCUUCUGGUGGAACUGAUACUUCAUGGGAAAAUCUUGUUGCCAACUUAAUGGAAUAAGAAAUGAAAAAUAUGAAAGAGGUAUGUAUGUUUUUAUUUUGUAACUUAUUAUGAUAAGCAUAGUGUCUUGUGUUAUGGCUCAUUUAAAUUGUUU